GGUUGGUGCGCGGCCGAGGGGCGUGGCGCGGGAGGCGCCGUCGGUUGGCCGGCGGCGGGCGGGGGCGGGCCAUGGCCCUGCUACUGUGCCUGGGCCUGACCGCGGCGAUGGCCCGCGGCUGCCUGCACUGCCACGGCAAUUUCUCCGACAAAUUCUCCUUUUACCGCCACCACGUGAAUCUCAAGUCCUGGUGGGUGGGCGAUAUCCCCGUGUCGGGCUCUCUGCUCACCGAGUGGAGCCAGGACACCAUGAAGGAGCUGCACCUGGCCAUCCCUGCGGAGAUCACCCGGGAGAAGCUGGACCAAGUGGCCAACGCCGUGUACCAGAGGAUGGAUCAGCUGUACCAGGGGAAGAUGUAUUUCCCGGGGUAUUUCCCCAACGAACUUCGAGCCAUCUUCCGGGAGCAGGUGCACCUCAUUCAGAACGCCAUCAUCGAAAGCCGCAUCGACUGUCAGCGUCACUGUGGCAUCUUCCAGUAUGAGACCAUCUCCUGCAACAACUGCACGGACUCGCACGUCGUCUGCUUUGGCUACAACUGCGAGUCUUCAUCUCAGUGGGAAACCGCUGUGCAAGGCCUUCUUCUUUACAUAAAUAAGUGGCACAAAGAGGACACCAACACAAGAACCACCCCAGCCUUCCUGAUAUCACCAAGAUUCACGUGUCUAGAACCCCCACACCUGGCCAAUCUGACUCUGGAAAAUGCCUCCGAGUGCCUGAUGCAGCACUGAUGGCCACAGAUUUAGGGCGAGGACGCCCUAGGACUGACCAGCCAAACAAGCCCACAGCUACUUUGGGUCCCCCAAAACUUCAUGAGUGCUGGUGGGCAGGGCAGGGAGGAGGAUUUGUACAUACCGACGCUGGGGAAUAAUUGACAGAGCUAUUUAAUGGAACGAUUAAAUGUCUCUGACAUUUCUCAUCACCGAGCAGUCCUUGGAGCAAGGAGAAACUUGUUGGGGCUGGAGGGGCAGGAUGAAGGGCCUAGGCAAACCGAGAAACAAGCAUGGGCAUAAACUGGCUUUCUGGAUGGCUCCAAAAGGAGACUGGGGUUUGGGGAAAACCAUGGCCAGCCAUAGUACAAUUUGGGGUUCAGUCCUAGGGGUGAGUCUCAGCCAGAGGGACAUAGGGAUGGUCUGCACUGCACCGCCUAUCCGAAUACAUCUGACGGCCUAAGAUGCCGGCUUCAAACUGGCUGACCAGGGCUGAAUGGGUGUUCCGCAGACAGACUUGGCAGUUGGAGUGUAGCCAGAGGCGAAUGAACACUCCCUCUGGCCUGGGCACUGCUGGACCCCAUUCUGUCUCCCUCUAGGGCUGUUCUCUAAGCCUGAACGCAGUGUUCCUCUGAGGUUCUGGUUCCUGGCUUCAGAGAAACUAUCUAGGUCUGUGUGGCUUAACAGCAGACAUAGAUGCUGUAGACCCAGGGAGCGUCAUGAACAUACCGCACAGGACCUGCCCUGGGGCAGCGGGUGGUGGCAGUCAGACGGCAGUCCUGUGGUUGCCAGCAUGAGGCACAAACUGAUGCUGUUUCGAGCUCUUAACAGUUGGUUUCUUCGUCUUCACUGAGGGCCAGGCAAGGGGCCUGGCUGUCACAGGAUGCACUGGCUGCCCCGUGGAGCAGGGGGCACACAGAGGGGCCCUGGGUCUCCUGGCGGGCGUCUUCAGACAGAAUGGUUUCCAGGAGGAACGGGGCCCAGGUGGUGUCUCUUCUGAAGGGACGCCUGGAGAGCCAGCGCUUGGUGGUUCAGCGUGGGGGCACAGCUCUCGUUCCCUUCCUCUCUUCCCGCGUUCUGGGAUCCUAGUUAGAGCCGACUCAAGACUCCAUCUGCUGGCCCAGCCUGACUCUUCUCAGAUCAGCCUGCUGACCCAGUCUCUUAAGUCAUCUUGUCCACACCACGCAAAGCAGGGGAAAUGAAGCAAAUAAAACUACAAGGAGGGCCUGCCUCUGGGGCCUGUUCCUGCCGCCCACCCAGCAUACCCCACACCAGUGGGGUUCCCAGGGAAAGGAGGGGAGCUGGUAGUGGAACCCGAGAAGCCCCACGGGUCAGGCGGGCUGGCCCUCUGUCCACUCCACCUGAGCCCAGGAACUUGGGGUGGGGUGUGGGAAUCCUACCCCCCCAGGAGACGAGGCACAUGGACAGGGUGUUCCCGCUGUGCCCUGACAUUCCUGAGGGCACUGCGCAGCCCUUGUCGAGAGCAGCUCGGGGACUGCGU